AUGUCGGUCGCGCCCGCUUCGGACCCUCACAUUGUUUCACUCGUCCUGCAAUCAAAGAAAGCUCUUCAGGAAGGUGAACAGAUCUGUUCGAAGGCCAAUGAGCUCUCGGCCACAUCGACCCAAACAUCUAUUGAUGUCCUCAUAUUGGAUGCUAAAGUCAAAUGGAUUACUGACAAUGUUCUUGAGCAGCUGAAACUGGCCGCGUUCGUCGCGAAGAGCAUUGAGGAGAAACGUACGAAACUGAACAAACAAGUGCAGGAUUGGGAUAAUCUUCGUACUAAACAGACAGAUGCAUUAGAUAAAAUUUUGAACGAAUUGGGCUCUCAGCGCGUCCCACCAGACUUUCAUCAGACCUCCACUGCAUCAUCUAUAUUCGGUAGUCAGAAUUCCGAGGAUGAACAACAAAAUUAUACGCAGAGCAAUGGUCUGUCAACACUUUCUCGGAGCCCUUCAGAUACAAUACAGGUACCUAGACCAAAGCCACAGGCUGAUCUCAAGAAUUGGAAAACACUGCGCGAUUUUGUAGAUGACCAGGCAAUAGAAGACAUAUUUGAGUGCAUGGAAGAGGAACACACGAUUGUCGAGGAUAUAUUGAGUAGAACAGACGAAUAUUCUGAAAAACUCACUACCGCUAUCCACUCAAUUCGCGAAUACCUGCCUGAAAUGACCCCACCACCAUCUAUAGAACAACUUAUUACCUCGCAGGAUUCUGCUCAAAUUGGGAUGGCCGGUCACUUGGAAAGUCUUGCGGCUCACUAUGAUCAGAUGUGCAACGCUCUUCGAGAAAGGGAAGCAGGUGAUGUGUUCGGUGAAGAUGAUCUUCAAGACAUGAAUCGUGAUACGGAGGAAUUGCCGUCCAUCCUGUCUGAGUUGGAAGAAAAUCUCCGCUCUGUAACCGCAACAUAUGAUCAACUUUGCCAAAUUCGAGACACCAACCAGGAACAUAUAAAGAGGUUAUCCAAUGUUCUAGACGAACUAGAUGAACUGGGUGACAUCAUGACGGAGAUGCUACAAACUCAAGAGACUGUAGAGAGUGAAUGCGAGCAGCGCUUUACACAGAUGCAACGUCAUCUACUAACGGUGGAAGACCUCCAACAACAGUUCAUAUCUUACCAAACGGCGUUCCGCAAAUUGAUUUUGGAGAUUGCUAGGAGGCGAGUCUACAAAGAGGCUGCAGAAAACAUCGUACGAGGCAUGAUGGACCAGUUAACAGCUAUGACUGAAGAAGAACGACGAGUACGGGAACACUUCAAUCAGGAGCAGGGCGCUCAUCUUCCAGAAGAUCUUUGUCUUUGUAUAAGUAACUAUCCGACGAAAUGGGACAUUUCACCGUGGGCUGGCGAAGUUCUGGAAAGUCUCCCAGAUAUUCCUACCGAUAUGGUUACAGAGGCAAGGAAUCAUGUCCGCACGGAACCCCCCUCUGUGGUGAAUGGAACCGAAAGUUUGUGA